GGCUGCAAGCUGGUGGAAAAUACCCAGGAGGCGGUGUGUCCGCCGGAGCCGGCCGAGGAGGCCACAGAGGCAAUAAACCAUGCUUAUCUGGGCGUCUGCUGCUCCAUCCUGCUUUGUCUGCGGAGGGGGCACCGGGGCCGGGCCCAGGACGGGAGGAAGGCCAGACGUCCCCCAGGAUCCUACCUCUCCAGGUCACUGGGACACUCCCUGGACCCCCCGGACAGACCCCAGAGCUGAAGCCUGGGACAGCCCAGCCUGAGGUCUCCUCCCAGACAGCAUGGUCCAGCCUGACGCCUGGGAAAUGUAUGGACAUCCUUGGAGGUGCCGCUUCCGGGAGUGGGUCUGCGAUUUCUUUCAGUGCAGGGGCCGAUGUCCCAGGCCAGGAGAGUCACGCUGCUCAUCCCCCUGGGGGAGCCCCUGGUACAGGAGGAGAAGCGCUGAGUGGGGGGGCUGGCUGUAUGUCCCCUCACCACUGCCCCGAGGUCUCCGCUGGUGGCCCGAGCAUCCUCUGGAAGCCCUGGGAAUUCAGGACCCCUUAGGUAAGUCUGUGGCUGGGAAACCUGAUGCGAAGCGCCCGGCGGGGCGAGGCGGUGUGCGGCAGGCGCGCCCCUGGGGAAGGUCCGUCGGGCUCUCAGCGCGACCGCAGGUCUCCUCCGGGCCGGCCAGUGAAGAUGCAGCUUCCUGCUCAGACAGCAGCUCCCUUCUGGGACUGGAGCUUGUCGGCGACUGGGUUUCAAGGGCCGCGAUGGGGCGGGGCUCUAGGCCCGCCCCGCCCACAGCGGACGAAGCUUCCCGGGAGCCGCGGAGCGGGCCGGAGCACGGCCGGGCCGGCCGCGGGGGCGGCGUGGAGCUGAGCGCGAAUCCGAGUGCGUUCGUCCAGCAGUGCGUGGACGGGGCGCUCAGAUCGCGGAACCCCGAGCUCCGCCGGAGCCCAUCCCGCAGCCUGGCGUCCGGGCCUCCAAGACCCAGUGUCUCCCCGCACUCGUAGGCUGGCUACG